GAUGUCGUUAUUCCCGGACUGGGAGACUUGCCUGUUUCUGGAAACCAAACUUUAAAACGAGAUCAACCUUCAGGAGAUGAAAGUGUUAGUUCAGGAGCUGUAGAACAUGGCGAUGAAGUCAUGAAAGAAGAGCCAGAUUCGGGGACGCCGCCACCGAAAAAGAAACGGCGACCGAAUAGAAGAAGAGGUAGUAAUCUAAGUGGCCUCGUCCAGAGAGGGCCUAAAAAUGCCUUAAUGCAACUUAACGAGAUACGACCUGGUUUGAAUUAUGAAGUCACUUCACAAGAAGGUCCCACACAUUGUCCUACGUUUGUAGUGACGGUUGUUGUAGAUGGCCACACAUUCGAAGGAAAGGGCUCCUCGAAACAGAAAGCGAAACACAAUGCUGCUGAAAGUGCUUUGGGUUCUUUUAUUACUCAGAUGCGUACGCCAGCUAAGCAACUGCGUGCAGAAAGCCAGGAGCAAGCUGGUCUUGCGUCUGUUUCCGAUUUUACCUCGGAUAACACUGGAACGCUCAUGAAAACCUUUGGAAAUGGCGACCAGCCCAUGCCAGAGAGCGAAACUGAGCGUCCAGCAGCUGAUGUAUCUAUGCCAUCAAUCAGAACCAAAGCUCCCCAGAUGCAAACUGAUACAGGGAAACAUCCAGUAAUGCUGUUGAACGAAUUUCAUCCUGGCACCCAGUAUGAAUUCCUUGGGGAGGAGGGCGAUCAAAAUGCCAAACAGUUCAAGUUUAAAGUCACUGUUGAUGGACAGGAAUUUAUUGGCAUGGGUGGAAGUAAAAAGAAAGGCAAAGCGAACGUUGCUUCCAAAGCUCUCUUUGCAUUGCACAGCAUCCGCACAUUUUACACCUUCACUGGACAAUCCGAAGCUAGAUAUCAACCAACAUACUUGGGACCUCCACCCUCUGCACAAUUAGAUCCACUAGCUGCAGAUCUAAUUGCCGAGGCUGUGUUAACAAAGUUUCAGAGUCUACAGUCAGCAGCCGGACAGGAGCCAAUUCGGCGAAAAGUUUUGGCUGGCGUUGUAAUGACAAGCCGGGGAGACAGUUCGCAAAAAUUUGAAGUGAUAAGUCUAGGUACAGGGACCAAGUUUAUAAGUGGAGAGUACAUAAGCGAUCAAGGACUAGCUUUGAAUGAUUGCCAUGGAGAAAUCAUUGCAAGAAGAUCGUUUCUGCGCUUCUUGUUCUCUCAGUUGGAACUAUGUGCUGAAGGAUAUGAGGAAGAGUCCAUUUUUGAGAAAAAAGAAAGUGGUUUGUAUGGCUUAAGAGAUUAUGUUGAAUUCCACUUGUAUAUCAACACCUCACCAUGUGGUGAUGCACGUAUCUUUUCUCCGCACGAGCAAGUUUCCGGUGAAGGUGAUAAACAUCCAGGAAGGAAAAAGAGAGGCCUUCUUCGGGUGAAGCUGGAAAAUGGUGAAGGU